UCUUGCUCGCAUCGUCCCUACUACACCACCACCCGCCGUCAUGGCAGACGAAGACCUCUCGCUCUCGACUCCUCCGUCGUCCUCGGUCCCCAGUCCCUCGGCCCAUUUUUAUCCAUUUGCAACGUCGCCAGACAUCAUCCGCUCCCAUGAGAAAGACGUCUUUCUUACAUCGAGCUUGGUGUAUCAGGCCCAGUCCAUAGCUCGAUCCCUCCGCGGCGCCCGAUUUGCGCACACCUACUCGGAUACCAUCAAGAACCUCACAGAACUUCUGUACUUUUCCUUGGCGACUUUGAUCGGGAACCGGACACUGGGAGAGGAGUACUGUGAUCUUGUCCAAUUGGAGGACGACAGUCUGCGUCUCCCAUCGAUCUCGCGGCGCGCUGGGUACGUCUUAAGUAGUAUUCUGUCUCCGUGGAUUUUGCAGAAAAUCCUCCCGGUCUUUCGCCAGCGACUGCGCGCCAAACUAGAGCGCAGUAUCGCCCGACAACAGCUCAAAGCCCAGCAAACCAGGGAAACCCCAACCGAUUCGAAGAGCAAUUCCUCGAGGAAACCGGGGCUGUUCACCAAAUUGCGCAUUCAGAGAUAUAUCCUCGAACAUCUGGACUCAAUCACGUCACUGUCUCCUAUCUAUGCCCUCAGUAUUGCAACCUUCUAUUUUACCGGGUCAUACUAUCAUCUGUCGAAACGCUUCUGGGGUCUUCGCUAUGUGUUUACCAAGAAGCUUGAAGAAAACGAACAACGGGUUGGAUAUGAAGUGCUGGGUGUACUGCUAGUCUUGCAGAUCGCUGUCCAGAGUGUCCUGCACAUCCAAAAGGUUGGAGUCAGUCUGCAGCAAGAAGAGCAAAGUGUCGAGUCUGGGCCAGGCGAUUCAAAACACCAAGAUAAUUCUUUGCUUCAAUCAAUCGAGAACCCUUCUUCACUUCCGCUUCUACCGGCUGAUGAUGCUCGAUAUGAUCUAGGGGAGGACACCAGCGCCAUCCCUUGGAUACCCUCAGGCCAACAGAGCAAAUGCACGCUUUGCCUAGAAUCCUUCAAGGAUCCAAGUGUGACGACGUGUGGUCAUGUCUUCUGUUGGACGUGUGUCCGGGACUGGGUGCGCGAGAAGCCCGAGUGUCCUCUCUGCCGACAAGAAGUUCUCCUAUCUAAAGUACUGCCCCUGAGAGGGUAGCCUCUUCAACUGUGAAUGCUUGAGCAUAUUAACGCACACAUGUGACACAUCUUUUUAUUCGCGUUCUUUUCUAUACAGCGUCGUGCUUUUGUACAAAAGGGCCCUGCCCUAUGCAUCUUUUUGGAACUUGUGCUUAGACAAAUAUACCCAUUGUUUCUGCAAUAACCCACCCAACUCCUUGGAAUGCAAGCG